UUCGAAGAGUAUAACGACUACAGCGACGCGUACGAACAAAAUACGAACUAUUAACGCAAACGAUGAAACCGUUUCAACAAUGAGUUCAUUGCAUCGGUGUAUAAAGUUUGUGCAUUAGGUUCUCACUGACGCCUAACCUCUAACGAUCGAAUUGAUGCAUAGAAAAAUUUGCGACAAACAAUAAGACUUUUACGAGUAUUUUCAAAAAAAAGAAAAAAAAAAACAAAGAAAAACAAUUUAUAAUCAAGGAAUAUUUUUUUAUAUAUCAAAUAUUAUUCUAUAAUAUAAUAUAAGUGUAUUUCUGAAUAAAAAUAACGUCGAAUAGUUUUACUUCAUAGAUAGUGUGCAUUCAAUAUCAAUUUUUGACACGAUCUUUUCUUUUCUUUUUUUUUUUUUUCUUUUGAAAAAUAUAUAUAUAUAUAUAUUUUUUUUUUGUUUUCAAAUUUUAAUUCUUCAUAAAUAAGAUUAUGAAUGAUUUAACACCCUAUAUAUUGUUAUAUAUAUAGAUAUAUAUUGGUGUGUUGCAUCGAAGUGACAUCUGGAGAAGUUUAAGCUGAACUUUUUGUUUCUAUGCAAAAUUAAUUCAAUGACGAGUUAGAACGGAAGAUUUAAAAAUGGCCGCUCAAUCUGAGGAAAUGUUUUCAGGUGAAACCGAUACAAUAGAACAAUCAAAGAAAGAAGUAAGAACAUAUAUUAAGGGUAUCGAGAAAGAAAAAGAAAAAUUUUACGCAGCAAUUUUUUUAAGCACUGUCACUGGCCUUUCUGCUCUUAUUGGUUUUGGUACAACGCUUGCCUCAGUAAGAAGGAAAGAUCCAAAAUACUUUGACAAAGGAUUAACCGGAUCUAGAAAGCUCCAAGAAACAGGCACAUUGUUAGCCUUUCGAGCACUUUGUUGGGGUACAUUCUAUGCUGUAACUGGAUGCGGUCUUUUGUUUUAUGGCAUCUGGAAGAUUUCUGGUGCAAAGAAUGCUAAAGAAUUCAGAUACAAAAUGGGAUCGAUUUUACCAAAGAUUCCUAAAAAUGAUCCACCACAAAGUAGAGUAGAGUUUGAAGGUUUGACCGAUCUUCUUACAUAUAUUGCUGAAGAUUGGGGUAAAAAAAAGGACUGAAAGAUAUUCUUGUAUUCUCUUUCGCCUAAUUGAACUUUACAAACUUGAAUGAAAAUGUUUUUCAUUGUUAGAUAAAUAAUAAUUUGUACAAAGAGAUAAUAUUAUUAUUAUUAUUAAUACGCCCAAUAAAUAAAAUUACGCCCAAUCACCUGUACAAAUGUUAAGUAUGUUGUUCAAUGAAUUGAAUAAAAUAUAUUUUUUAACAAAGCGUAA